AAAAUAUCGGGAGUAUUUUUCCAGCCCUGCCAUCCUUUUCUCGCAGCGUGGCGAUUGCUAAAUUGUAAAAUUUUGCACUUUUCGUACGAAGUAAUAACAAUGUCGGCACUUAAUUUGACCGUACGCGUGCAUCCCGUUGUGCUAUUCCAAGUUGUGGAUGCAUUUGAACGCCGCAAUGCUGAUUCACAUCGUGUGAUCGGCACUUUGCUGGGCUCUGUUGACAAGGGAGUCGUUGAGGUUACCAACUGCUUCUGCGUGCCGCACAAGGAGCAUGAUGACCAAGUGGAGGCCGAACUAAGCUACGCUCUGGACAUGUACGACCUAAACCGUAAGGUGAACUCCAACGAGAGCGUGGUCGGCUGGUGGGCCACCGGCAACGAGGUGACGAACCACAGUUCUGUCAUUCAUGAAUACUAUGCGCGCGAGUGCAACAAUCCGGUUCAUCUGACUGUGGACACUUCGCUGCAGGGCGGCCGCAUGGGGCUGCGCGCUUAUGUGUGCAUCCAGCUGGGCGUGCCCGGUGGCAAAACUGGCUGCAUGUUCACACCCAUACCCGUCGAGCUGACCAGCUAUGAGCCAGAGACCUUUGGCCUCAAACUGUUGCAGAAAACUGUGGGCGUGUCGCCGGCACAACGACCUAAGACCGUGCCGCCCAUGCUGGAUCUGGCACAGAUUUCAGAGGCCUCGCAGAAACUGCAAUCGCUACUGGACCUAAUACUAAAAUACGUCGACGAUGUCAUUGCCCACAAAGUGACGCCGGAUAACGCAGUUGGACGCCAGCUGCUCGACCUCAUCCACUCUGUGCCACACAUGACGCAUGAACAGUUCACCCAAAUGUUCAACGCCAACGUACGCGACCUGCUGAUGGUUAUCACGCUCUCGCAAUUAAUUAAGACGCAGCUGCAGCUCAACGAGAAACUGACAUUCCUGCCUACGGCUUAGUCAGGGUGCUGCUAAUUGGGUUUUAAGUCAGAUUUAAGAGCAAAGUAAAUUCUACGUAUUGUGUAUUUCCCGUUGAUGCGUCUAAGUAAUAAAGUGCUCAGAUCAAUCAGA